AGCGCCCGUUCGAUGCGACGCAGUGCCGAGUGCUUCGACUGAAAGUCGAUUCGCCUAGGAGCUCUCGUGUAAAUCCUUUAUUAGUUAGAUACAUUACGUGGUGUACAAAGUGCGUCGACUUUGGCCGUUUCAUCCUCGAUUCUUAUGCUGCUGGAUUUGGAUUGUCGGCUCAAUAUGAUAACCAAGGAAGCGAUGCAGCCAUCUUGUCAGCAACAGCAGCAGCAGCAGCAACAGCAGCAACAGCAGCAGCAACAAAUCCAGCGAGCCUACCCGAGCAGCAGCGCCGGUCACGGGGGCAGCAGCUCGUCGGCGGCUGCCGGCCGCACCUCCUUUCUCAUCGAGGACAUCCUGUCCAAGGGCAGCGCGGCCGUCGCCGUAGCCGCCGCGGUGGCCGCCGUGUCGGCCGCGAGCUCGACCACGGCGCCGAACGGCAACAACCGGGACAGCAGCGGCGGCCACCACGGCAGCGACGCCUCCAGCAAUAAUCACAACAACAACAAUAUCAGCCACGCGAGCAAUCAUCAUUUGUCGUCGUCGUCCUCGUCGACGCAUCCGCAUCACAGCUUGACCUCGUCGCACCAAAGUCAAUCUCAUGCGUACCAACAGUUCGCCAUCAACAAUCUGCUGCCGGCCUAUCCGACGGCACCACCCGGUGCGGCGGCGGCCUUCUUCCUCGGGCCUCUGUUCGGUGGCGCCGGUAUGGGCGUCGGCGUCGUACCCGGCGUCAGCGAGCUCGCCGCGCUCAAGCACUGCCGUCGGCGCAAAGCUAGGACGGUGUUCAGCGAUCACCAGCUGGCCGGCCUCGAGGCGAGAUUCGAGGCGCAACGCUACCUCAGCACGCCGGAGCGCGUCGAGCUCGCGGCGGCGCUCAAUCUGUCCGAGACGCAGGUCAAGACCUGGUUCCAGAAUCGACGCAUGAAACACAAGAAGCAGCUGCGCAAGCUCAACCAGGGCGGCGGCGGUGGCGGUGCCUCGUCGCAGACCAACUCCAGCCAGAACUCGGCCGGCAGCUCGACCUCGGGCGGCACGAACGUGUCCGGCGUGGGCGGCGUCGCUCGCUCUCCGGCCGAGCGACCGGUGGACUUUUCGCUGAGCGGCCAGCUGGACCGCGAGAGCCACGACUCGAGCGACGGACUGGCCGACGACACGGACGAGGACGAGAUCGACGUGCUCGGCGACGAGAGCCCCGGCUCCAUCAAGUCGGCCCAGCAGCAGCAACUGCGUCGGCGCUCGCCCACGACACCGGGCGGCGGUGGCCUCUCGUCCAAAGAUCAAAGCAGCGCGGCGGCCGUGCAUCUGAAUCACCCUCGACCUCUGCAGCCUCACCAACACAGCCUGCAUCAUCACCAUCAUCAUCAUCAUCAUCAUCAGCAACAACAGCAUCAUCUCAAUCACCAUCAGCAACAGCAACAACAGCAGCAGCAACACAACUUGCAUCAGCAGGUCAUUGGACUGGCGCACUUGCAGCGGCUUCACCGCUGAUACUGAUGAUGAUAUGCGUCGUGCCUGCUGCUGCCGUUAUAGUCACAUAUACGCGUGUACGCCUGAA